UUACUCACCUUAAUACAAAGGGGAAACGAAUCCAUUGAUUUCAAACAACAGAGAAGUUGUUCAGCAAUUCCGGUGUAUUUCAGAUGUAAGAGUGCUCCAAUUCAGAUAGAAAUGACUCGUGGAGUAAUAUAUCGACCAUUUAAAGGAAGAUCUGGAGUGGAGAGCUUCAAUAUUUGGAGGGCUACCAAAUGCCAAACCUCUAGUUAUAUUGCAACAUUGUGAUAAAAAAAGUGAUGAUAUAUUCGACUGUCCGUACAUAAAUAAUGAUUAAUUUGACGAUCAAAGCCUUUUCAGUCGGUUCGCGAUCGGCUUACGUUUGUAUACUCAAUAACAAAAGUACUUGACAAUAAUGAAGUAUAAAAGAAAGUUCCGGCGGCCAAGUUCACUGAUUGCUCUUUUUGCAAUUUCACCCUAUUCGUCAACCACGGAGAGGCAGAAGACAUUCCUCAUCAAAAUGUGGCUUAAUUAAGCGUUCUUAGCCUUGUACUGACGUGUUGACAGGCAGUGUAUGAGACAUCAAUAUAGUGAACAGGAGAAAAAGAUUCUUAAAAAUUAAGUGCCGCGGAAUACGUAAUACCCUUUGACCGAACCAUUCACAGCUUCAGACCUAUAUAAACGUUCAAUUUUCUCUACUUGAGCUCGAUCUCUUUCUUUUCGAUUUGAUCUCAGGCUCGACGCCUUCUCAUUUUUCAACGAUUAUUAUGAUUUUUGAAACGUUGUAAAUCCCUGCUAUUCUUCAAAAAACUAAAUGCUAGCCCCUUAAUUCAAAUGUGGCUUACAGUUCAAUUGAGAAUUGCAAUAUACAAAAUAUCGUACAGAGACGCAGAUCGUUUGUUUAUAUUGGUACUGACUAAUACCGGAAAGAACAGUAAAAAAGUAGAAACAGAAUCAAAAUUCAAAUAAGUGCCUGCCUUUGUUGUACGCUGUACAUACGCAUUAAAAAAAGGGCGUGGUCAAUUCGAAAUCAACACAAUUCUAUAGUUUCGAUAAAGAUAGGAGAGUUAGCAAAGUUCAUCGACUAAUCCUUAACUCUUAAAAACCUGCUACAUGUCAUGGCGAACUUGAAUAUAGCCAUACAUUUAUAAAUAGGAUAUUAGAUACAGGACAAUAUGCGACUGCUAAAACAUAAUUCAAGUAUAAACCCUGAUACUAGAGCCCUAGUUCUUCGUUUUGAUUACAACUGAGAAAUUCCCAUUGUAAAGCUACAACAAUGACAACUACACUUCUCUCACCGAACCUUGUAAGCUUAGAUGGCUAUCAACGAGCAAUAUUUUUAGGGACGUUUUGUUUUCUAAGCUAUGAUAUUUUGGCUGACAUCUUAUUAGUAUUUGGCAUACCUUUUCAUCAACGACAACUGAUACGGCACUUCCAUUUUCGUUUCAAAUACUUCACUCUGUCAAAACACUUGAAACGGGCACGCAAUGAAUCUUGGAAACAGUACCGUAGUCAAAACAAAUCACUAAUUCAUCUAACAUAUCGAAACUGUAAUACCAAGAAGACUAGACAGAAAAACAAAUAUAAGAAAAAAAAGAAAAAAAAAGAAGACUAGACAGCCGUCAAAUAAAACAGUUUACGAACAUGAAACACGAUUGAUAAAAUGUCAAGAGAUUCAGGGUAAGACUAAUCUGUGGAAUUGCAGACCAGGAGACCUACGGAACCUAAAGAAAUGACUGUCUUAUUACAACUGCCUUUAGUUAAAGUGAUGAAAUAAUUAUUUACAAUCAAUUAUAACAUUGGUAGACUGUUCACAGUCCCCUUGUUUUCGUAAGAUCGUCGAGAUCGAGCGCUCGCUUUAAUUUCACUGGCAGCCAUUUUGUAAUUGGAUUCAAAUGUCAGUACCGAGAGAGCAGGCCUGGGGGUUCCCAAACCGUCCCCCGCCCUUUAAGUAGUUGAAGCUAGACCCGGUCAAGAUGGCCGCCUGUAUCGCUCGUUCUCGACGGUCCUGCUGAGAAAUAUAGGAUUUUGAACAGCGUAUAACACCAUAACAUGAAUCGAGAGUUCUGGUUCCGAACGGGAAGUCCACAUAGCGAUAGUACGUAGAAAGGUAACGAGUGGUAUAGAUUUAAACAAAGUAGCACCAAGUUGGGAGGAUGAAAGAAUGUAAAUGUGCUUGUGAAAAAUAGAUGAUAUUGAGCGAAUAGCUGGGUGGUAUCCGACAACUAGAGGGAUACGUGUGGUUGAGUCGCUUGUGUGAGUGUAAGUGAUAGUAUGAAUAUACGUUGUAUCGUGGAAGGAACAUAUACGUCGUAUUCUCAGGGAAUAAGUGUGUAAGGGGUGACAUGAUGAGGGUAAAACUCGGUACUGAUGUUCGGCCGUAGGUUUAGUUUAAAGAACAAUUUCAAUGAUCGAUAACAUCAUUGAGGGAAACCUUGAUGUAGAGAAAGCAGAAAGAUUUCAAUGAACAGUUUGAUAUAAAUUUAAUAGUGGGAUUAAGGGUAUUUUGGUAAGAAAUGGAAUAAUACGUUUAUAGCGAGAACGAAUUUGAGGGGGUCGCAAAGAUUCUGUGUGUAUAGUGGAUUAAGAUCGGUCACUAGAAGUGACGGCAUGCGCCAUCGUUCUCUCAUCCUACUGUGUUUAAAUCUGUACCUCUGGUUUCCUUCCGACGACUGCUAACAAGCCGGAAGUCCGCGAUUCGAGGACUUUUUGUUUCGGAACCAGAGCUGUCGAUCAGUGAUACAACAGUCGACUCCCGAUAACUCGAACCUUCAAGAGAAAUCAAAAAAGGUUCGAGUUAUCGGGAGCUCGAAGAAGUUAGCCAGCAGUAACGAAAAAAAAAACAGUUUUUACUGCAUAUAUAGUGAACAUUUUAAUCACAUUUAAUUGAAGCAAUGUCAAGUGAAAAUUAAAAGAUACUUCUAGAUUAUAAAUCAAAACGUAAGCAUUGCCAAAAUAGAGCAUUCGUUUCACUGUUUUGAGAAGUAAAGCUGUUUCACGUUAGAUUUUGUGGCAAAUAACAUGAGCCUCCAAUAGUAUACUAUAUGCUCACAACACGUCAAUGGGAAAUUCAAAAUUCAAUGUUUGACCAGGGACGCCAGUAGACGGUUUUUUUCCCGACUUUUAAGGGCUUAAAACAUGGUUCGAGUUAUCGAGGGUAAAAUUGUAUAGAAAUGAUCUGAGGGGGAAACAAAAACUACCUCGAGUUAGCGGAAGGUUCGAGUUAUCGAGGAUUCGAGUUACCGAGAGUAAAAUUACAGUAUGACAGAAAUCCAGGGGAAAUCGAUUUUGGUUCGAGUUGGCGCGAGAUUCGAGUUAUCGGGAGUCAACUGUAAACCGAAAUCGACAACGCGACGCGCCGUUCAGUCAUAAUUAAUUUGUGCGCCAACAUAUUAUGAUUGUAAUUGUUGGUGGCUUGUGGUGAAUAUUUACUCCACUUCAGUGAAUCAUUGCCGGGGUAUUGGACAUCAGUGUUAUGGUCAAUUGACAGCUGUCCAAAAAGGGCAUCCGCUGACCAGUGUCACAUUACUGUAUCGCGAGCUCAGCUAUACAACUCAUUGAAACGACGCACUUUUUAAAAGUUACCCGCUGAGCAGUUUUUGGUUUUCAAUUGAUCUCGGGCUCAGGUACAUUUUAUUAAAGGUGGAGUUUAGUUUGCUUUCUGCUUAUGGCAAAAGUUGAAUUACUUGAGAAAAACUUUUCUUAAAACAUUCCUAGAGAGCUUCGCUGUUGGCCUUUGGCUAAAUCUGUAUAUUAAUGACAAAACGGAAGAUUAAUCAACCUUCAUGACAUUGCCAUUCUUUUAACACCGUUAGGAACUUCAUUGAAAGUUCACCAAAAAUGUGGGAAUUUAAAUUCUACUGAGCACUUCUGAAAGAGCGAAACAAACUAUGGCUAAAGAUUUACACCCAAAAAUUGUUUGAAAUGAUGCAGCCUUUUUAUAUAAUAUUGGAUUUGCAAGGAACAUAAUGAUGAUAAAGAUGAUGAUGAUGAUGAUGAUUGUGAAUGCCUUAAGAUCUCUGGCGUUAUGAAUCGAAUAUGAUACAUGAAUGCAAACUCCAAAAUUUAAAAUUCUCUAGUGACGAACCUUUCUUCCGUUUCGGUAGGUGAUCAACAAAGUAGCCUUCAUCUUGGUUUGCAUAGGCGUAUGUAUUAAACGUCACCCUAUCACAAACCACGCAUAUAAACGUCACGGAAAUUGAACACUGUGAGCAAAAAUUUUUACCCUACAAGGAAAAUGUUAUAGUACCAAGCAUAAAUGGUCUAAUAUUGUGUUUGGUUCCCAGUGAGAAGGAGCUAGUGGGGAAAUUAAAAGCUCUUGGCGAAUUAAACAGGUAUUUUGCUGCAGUAACGCCAGAAGAAGCCCGCAAAUUUGCCAGUUUACUUUCACGUGUUAAACCAACAGAAAAUAAGGAAAAACCAUUCCCCAUAAUAUGGGGCGGUUAUCUAUCAUCUGCAGAGUCAAGAAAACUGAAAACAGUUUCUCACGAUAUGAAUCCUGAAUCACGCAAUCCAGAUCUACUUGAGGAGUCAGGAUCACGCAAUUUAAUCGGCAUGUUAGGCAACGCCGGCCGGCAUGGAUAG